UCAAGUCCCCCGGCUCAAGUCCCCCGGCUCAAGUCCCCCGGCUCAAGUCCCCCGGCUCAAGGCGCUUGACAUUUGAUCCCCUCUGCCUGGGUAACCUCCAGUGGGAUCGAGUGCGCGUCAGGGAGUCACACGUUUGUCGCCUAGAGUGAUAUUGCACUGCCAUUCAUUUGACACGUUUGAUCGCCUUGAGUGGUCUUCAAUUGAUUUGUUUCACACGUUUGUCGCCUAGAGUGAUAUUGCGCUGCCAUUCAUUUGACACGUUUGAUCGCCUUGAGUUGUCUUCAAUUGAUUUGUUUUGCUGGGUGCUCCGAGGCAGUCUCUGCAAUCUUUCGUUAUGCCACACGUACGGAGUGCAAGUGCUCGCAUUAUGCGUCGGGCGCUGGCUGUUCAAAACGGAUACUGUGUGCAUUUACCUAUUCGUUUGCCUCUGGAUGGUUUGGUGCCACCCACGUGUCUCCCACCACCAGGGCUGGGGCGGGCGACUGCCGAUUUGGUUCUAGAUUAUCUCUUGUUGCGCGAUCCACCUGUUGUUAAACGCAGUUUGGAGGAGGAGGAGGAGGCUGACAUUAAGACUGUUUCGGAGAAUCUUUCUUGCCGUAUGCAGGCUUCUGAAUCGCUGGUCGAUGUAGAUAUUGGAGUGCAGGCUUCUGAAUCGCUGUUUGAUGUUGGAGUGCAGACGGUUGAUGUUGCGGACUUUCAUUGUGAAGUCGGCUGUCAGACAGAUAGUGUCGUUGGGAUGGAGGGAGGAGCUUCAGGAGUUCUUCUUGGGGAAGUGACUAUGGCGGCGGAGGAGGAGCUGGAGGCACCCUCGAGUGCGGAGUCUUCUCCGAACGUGCAGUAUGAUUCUGACAGCCGCGCCUUGUCAGGAGCGUCCCAGGGGUGUCUGAAUCGUCCCGUUACGCUCAAUGAGGUAUCGAAGGAGUCGCGCCAGAGGACUCGAGGGAGAGAUCGUGACAAGGUCCAGGGGACAUCGACGUGCUCUCAGGCCACCAUUGCCGAUGUCAAAGCGUGGAUUGACGCUGUUGCCAGCAUCAACGAGUUGAAUGCGAUCCAGUAUUUAAAGAACGGAAUGGAUUUGUUUGAUAAGCUGGUGACAGAACGUGGGUUCCCUACAAAGAAGGCCCAAAAAGAUUAUGCUCGGAAGCUGUAUGAGAUGCUCCAGAACGUGCAAGCGACGCUGGAGGAUCUUCUAGGAUUCUUCGAGGUGCACAGGUUCUUGACAGGACAAAUGAACCGCGCCGAGAUGGCCAAGUUUCUUGAGGUUUCCAAGUGCGUCGAUUACCGAAUAAUAUUCUUCGGACGCCCGAGGAGUUUCGACAAAUUGGGAUGAAGCUAUCCGUGCGCACUUGUAUGCAACUUUCGGUUUAGAACAGCGAAGGCUGUAAUGCUUGUAUCUCACCUGUUCUUGUUUUCCUCACUUUAUCUCUCUGUUUGACCUCUCGCAGGAGCCAUGAUGGCUCUACGGCCCGCUGUGGGCCCCACUAAGCGCUUCAGGUGUGUAAAGGGCAGGAGCCCCUCAUAUUCUUCAGGUGACGUUCUUCCACGGGUUGUUUCCCCGUCUAAUUCGUUGAUUACUUCACAUGUGACGUCGAGCAUACGCCUCUUGUCAUACGGCGGGUUGAACAUGCGUAUUUCGGACUGGUUUGAUGUGAAUAAGAGUUUGUGCUCACUCACGCCUUGCCUGUUUGGAUACGUCCGCUCCUUGCUCCGACUAGGCUGGAAAGCCUGCACAGUCGACCGCACACUUUUACUAUCAAAACACUUGGCGGAACCUUGAAGAUUUCACGAGAAUCUUCUGCGAAGUUCUCUGCUUCGAUUCUGAGCACUCUUACGCGCGCAAGGAGCUCUACGAGGUUCCCGGCGGUGACCAGGUUGUCGUGCAUGCACGUGUGUUGAAUAAGAGCUUCGCCUGAUCUUCACUUUGUUCGGAUAAGAGCCCGCAUUUGCUCUAAGUAGUGGUGGGUGUCUUGGCUCACUCUGUAUGUUGCGCGUUGAAAUCGUUAUCUAGUCCACAUUUCGACGUUGUGUUUCACGUGCAUGGUCUUCCAGUGGUGCUGAGACGGUAAUCGCUAUAUGUGGUUACUGCAUGGUCUCGCAUUGCUUUGAAACGCACUCGCUAUUUUAUUUCUCUUAGUUUCGUGUUUGUCUCAGUGGUGUUGAGACGGUAAUCGCUGUAUAAACCAGUGGUUACUGUAUGGUCUCUCGCUGCUUCUAGCUUUGCUUCCAUAUCUAUGGCCUGCAUUGCUUCAUUCAUUAUUCUGUUAGUUGUUUUCUCGUGUACUUGCAGUCUUGUGCAUUUCUGUACAGCUUCGCUGUUAGAUGCAUCUCUGCUUUAAUCUUUGCAGCUUCGCUGUUCAGUUUCUCUGUGUCCUGGCCUGCUCCCUUGGGAGCUCGAAUCGGCCAACGCAGACACCGCGGACCAGGUUGACGGUUCACCGCCGGCGCCAGUCGGCAUCGAUGAGCUAGAGGAAUUCCGGCGAGGGGUGCAGCCAGUUGAUCCACCCGGCCCGGGCGGACAAUUGCCCAAUUUUCAGACGGUCAUCCGGUCGCCCCUCCCGCAAGAUUUCGCCUAAGUUUUUUCUUCCCGUGCCGCUGCAAUGUCGAUGUGAACAUCUCUAGGUCCCCCGCAUAGCGCGCGCAGCCAUGCAGUAUAGCCAGUGCCACCAUUCUGACAUCGGCUCCGUCAGAGAUACCGUGUUAUCGGUGAUUGGUGAUGGUGGGCAGGCCCAUCGGACACUCUGGGUCUUCGCCGUCGCACCUGCCGCCACGCGCGCGGCCAAGCUCUUGGGCUGGCGCCUGUUUGGAAAAACGUUGGAGUCAGUUCUCUCCUCCCCGCAAACCUUGGCAACUGAACCCGCGGGCAGCUGAGCCAGCUGGGAAUUUGCGUUCUCAGCAAAACCAUUGCUGAGCCAGCUGGGAUUUGCGUUCUCAUCGAA